AUGGCCUCGCACGAUUGCAUGGCGCAUUUGUGGAUCCCGCCACAGGACACAGCCGCCAUGGCCGAAAAACCCGCCGCUCCCCUGGUGCUGCUGCUGGCACCCGGUGAUCGCGCGGCGGCGGUGCGGGAGACGUUGAUGUCGUUGAAGUCAUUGAGGUGUCAGGGUGGGUGGGCCUCAGUGGUCGCGGUGAUGGUGGCCCCCUUGGCCGCCCUGCUAUUGUUCGCUGCCGACAGCUUUCCCUGGAUCAAAGUAGAAACCUAUGAGGCCACGAGCACGUCUCUCCGAGCGCAUUUUACGCUGGCCGAGGGAUGCAUGCGUGUGCGCUUUCUUUCGGAUGGACGUAGGCGGCAGGUCGAACCCUUGCGCGUCCCCUGGAUACCGUUGGAAGAUCUGGUGGAGGGACCUCCGGCAUUGGCACAAUUCCGCAGGCAAUUGCUGCGACCCAAUCAGAGAGUUGACGCCCUCGGGGCUCGGCCCGGUGAAAGGGACAUGGAAUUUGUGGUGAAUAAUUUGGAUCGCACCAGGAAAUGCAGCGAAUGGGAUCCCACUUUCUUCAGACCUUUGGAUACAGCAUCAGUGUUCACCGAGCUAGCAAAGAAUGGCGCGCUGGGUCUACUGCUGGGUGCCUGGCUAUCGCAACUCUUGGGCCUGGCGUUGCUGAGGCGAUCAAAACCUGGCUCCUGGAAACCUGUGUUGGUGCUACGAAUGUCCGGCUGCCUUUACCUUCUCAGUUGUGCCGUUUCUGUGGCUGGACUGACGCACUACAGUGCCGUGAUGCGGCAUCGCUUGAAGGUCCUGUGUUCGGAAUUCGUGUUGGGCAUCAGCGGUGGCGAUGUGGUGCUGUGGCCACAGGAUCUGCAGUUGCAGAUGGCCACAGGUUCACAUUUUAUGCUGACCAGCGCCUUCGUGAGUUUCUUGCUGGGCAUCCACCAGCUUACAGAGGAGUGCCUUGGCAUUCGGUCCAAUGGUUUUCCGUGGCGCCUAGCAGUAGCCCUGCCGGGAGAGUCCAAAGUGAGGGGUGCACCACCUUUGCUGCGCGGAGCGGCUGGGACCUACAUCGACGUGGUCGUGAACCUUCCGGUAUUUGUCUUGGUGCUCGGGCUUGCAUCUCUGACAUUGCCUCGGCGUUCCUCCACGUGUAUGACAUUUCCCCUGGGCUACAUCAUUGCAUUGGUCUUUGGGGUCUUCCCGUUCUUCGGCGACGGCAUCUCCUACGUUGCGGCGAGCUCAGCGGAGGCAGAGAGCCAACGCGAGGCGUGCCUGGUUCCUCCACCGUACUGGUUGGGCUACUUUGUCACCAGUUCGGCUGAAGCGCAUCAGAACCAUCCUAGACGGGGCUUUCCUGAGAAGACUGCAAGCAGCAAUGGCUUCGAACGCACAGCAGGGGUGGCUUUGUGGGACCUGCAGGAAGAUGAGGUCACCGAACGCAUGGUUCUGCGACCUGUGCGGGCAAUCUUGGGAAGUUUGCUCAGCCCCUACCAAUGCACAGCAGGGGCAGCCGCGCAGAAGUCUCGGAAGAAGAAUGCCAGUCAGUCUUGGCAAUAUGCAGAGGCGCAUCCUGUGACCAGGAGCGAGCACAGCAAUCCUCCCUGGCACCCGGGAUCUUCGUGGAACAUGCAUCAACCAGUUGCGCCACCGAUGAUGGAUGGCAAGGGCUAUGGCAAAGGCUUCAACCAUUUGAAUAUGCAGUUGGCCUCUCCUCCCCCUCCGCCUCCACCGAUGCUAGUGGGACAGCCUGUACCACAUGGAGUUCCGUGGAUGCCGCAAAAUUUGCAACAUCCUAUGCCAGUGACGCCAAUGAUGCCUUUUGUGCCGCCUGUGGAUCAUGCUAUGGCACCACCACCACAGGCUCAUGUGCCAGACGAAGUCCUGGACGAGCAGAAGAAAGAGAAAAGCGCCCAAUACAAGCUCAACAAGAUCGUCAAAGCAGCCAAAAAGGAGGAUCAUUUGUCGCCAGAGUUCCAAGAUCUCGUCCACAAGGAGAUGAAGAAAGACGACAAAGAGAGCACGGACGACUUGUUGGCAGCGGUGAAGGAACUGGGAGUUGCAAAGGAGUCCUUGAUGGAAGUAGAACGGGCGCGCAUGCAACUCUGGUCGCAGUGGCGUAUCUUUUUACAACAAUCAGUGGUGAAGUGGAAAGAGUACACUGCGCAAUUUCAAUCCUCAGAGUCCUCUUUCCAUACCCGAAUGCAAGAGGCCACAGCCUAUCUCAAACGGGUACAACGCCGAGUGGAUCGUGCCAAGAAGAGGGCGGACAAGCUGGGCCUGGACAAGGAAGAAGUCUUGCAGAUCUCAGACGACGACAUGGAGGAGGCCGACAUCAGAGAAGAGGAGGAGCUGCCACGAGACGAACAUGCGCAGAAGAUCCAAGAAGGACUUCGCCAGGUGGUCACCAGCCUGUCGGAUCUUUCCGAGUCAGCCGAAAAGCUGGAACCAAAGGCCAAACGACCACGCACCAAAGAGGAAGAGGAGCAAUUUGGAGACAAAUACUCCAACUUGCCCUUUGAUGAGUGUAGUCAAUGGACUCACACAAUCCUCUCUGAGCCGACCUUUCUGUCGCCGUGGCGAGCCGCUGAACAAGCCUUUGACCUGGCGAUAGAAUGUGGCGACUGGCACACCUUACGAGUGGACACUUUUUCACUGACACCCAAGAAGAGAAGCACUAAGCCUGGAGUUCGUUUUGAUGAAUCAGUUCUUGUCUUUCAGGGGAAAGACGACGGUGUGGAGUUCCAACCACACCUUGCUGUCAUCAACGAUUUCUACACAAGGCCCGUUCCCCGACAGUGCCCUUCAGGAGCUCGGAAGUCGUCUCCUACAAGAGGUUGGUCAGGUACCAGUCCACAUGCCUCGCAGUCGUCUGGACAGUCAACCCAAUCCGGCUUGCCCUUUGACCUUCCUCCAUAUCUACAUCACUUGGAGAUCAAGUGGAAAGAAUCAGGGAUCAAUCUCAUGCCACAUGAGAGAUACAGAUUGAGGACCUGGUACAUACAUCACGAGCACAACCUGAUCUGGAAGAUUCCCCGCUUUGUGGAACUGCAACCUGACCCGCUACAAUGGCAUCAGGAUGUUUUGCACCAGUGGCGGGAUCAACUGCACAGUGAUGCAGUCCUCAACAUCGCGGUUGUCUUCCCAGAGGUUCGUGCUCUACGGCAGGCACAAGUGCAUGGCGAUCUCAUUCUCACCCAGGGAGCUCAUGACCGUUGUGGAGGCCUCACUACUGUCUUUCCACCGGGCAGCGAUGAACAAGGCAGCUACACAUGGGCAGCAUCAUAUCCCAGACACCUCAGUGGAGUUGAGAUUCUUCGUGGAGUGGCUGCGGACUCCCUUCUGCUCUCCCAUGCGUGUGACGUUUUCCAUGGAGGAGUGUCCAUUCCUGUCACCCCUCAGCCCACGCAUUGGAUGAUGAACGGGCAUUCAUUUGUAGCAGUCUUUCAAGACCUCACAGGAGCUCCUGGAACAGAUGACUCUGCCAUACAAUCAAUGCCUACAGGAGCAUCACAGCCUCAAGCAGUUGCCUCUGAUCCACCUGUUCCUCCAGAUCCAGAGGAUCCAGAUGACUUGGCUGCACCCCACUCGGAACAUCAGGAAUCUGAGGAAGACAGCUCCACAGCCUCGAGCUCCAGUUUUGAUGAAGAAGACCUGCAAGGUCUACAGAUCUUUGGAUUGGCACAACAAACUCACCAUUGCUUUGUCCGCUGGAAGACCUACACUGGUGUCCUGCUGGACGUUUUGGCAUCCAUUGGUCUUCAUCGCGACUUUGCGAUUGGUUUUCACUCUUUGCAGGCCGAUCUUGUUGACCAACAUGCUGCGGAAGAUGCAAUUAUUCUACAACGCGUUGGUGAUGUUCCACCCGGAAGCUCCCAUCAGCUUGGCCUGGUUGACAUUGUGACGCAUUGCCCCACAACCAAUUCUCAGCGAGCCCAACGUGCAGUCCAUCUCCUACCUCCUCAGCUAUGUCGUCAAGGACUCAUCUUGGAGCUUGGAUUACAGAACUCCUGCGUUUUGGGCGAUCAGACAGACCAUUGCACCAUCUACCACAACAAUAUCUUGUGGGAGCCUUUGGACUUUGGACCUCGAGAACUUCUUCAUGGUGUUUAUCUACGUGUAGUGAUUGGAGAACCUGCUCGACAACCUCACAAGACGGCAGUUUCACAAUCUACUACCACAGAGUGUCAGACGGAAGAACGCCCAACCAAGUAUAGCAGGAGCCGGACGCCCGCAGCCAGCUCUAUGUCAUCUACACAGGGGCUUCAGAUGCAUCAGAGCAGCACUCAGCUUCACAGACAGAAGACUUCUCCCUUGCUUCAACACAGUGCGUCGUAUCCUAGCCUCGGCUAUGCACACCCUGGAGUUGUUGCACAACACUCAACAGGCAGGAGAGGGAGAUCAUCUUCGCGUGCUGAAUGGACCGUUCAAGUCCGACGACAGUACAUUGAGUCUUCCAUUUGUGAAGAUCCAGAAGAGGGACCAGUUGCAUACUGGACCACCUGGUACCUCCACCACCAACGCUAUCUGCGGAACAUGGAAUCCCGGACUUUGCGACUUGAUCGUUUUGCCAGCCACUGGCAUCGAGACCUUCAAGAUCUUUGGGCUGGCGUCAUUGACCCACUGGACGACUUUCAAGUCUUUGUCGUGAAUCCUGAACCACCUGCUGAUGAUGAACACCAAGCACAAGGACACCUUUUGAUUGUACAAGGGCAAUCUGAUCAGGUCCCAGCUCUGCUUUCUACAGUUUUCGAUCAUCCAGUUCAUCGCAGACUCUGGCGCCUGGCGGCGCUGAUGCCGGCCUUUGUCCAGACGAUUGACGUGAAUGAGAUCCUCAGUCUUCAACGCUGGUGCACACGACGACAAUGUGAAUAUCAUUCCAGUUCGGGUCCUUGGCACGAGGGUGAAGUCAUCCCUCUACAGCCAGGAGAAGGUCUUCAGAUCACAAUCACUCAACAGCCCAUACAUGAAGAUCAUGAUGGCCUUGGUUUGAUGCAAACAAGUUGCUCCAGUGUGCGAGACGACAUCCGCGGCACCUACAGCCUUCACAGAGAUCGAUGGCUAGUUGAUGACCCUAGUCAUUGGUUACAAGAGGUCAUGGCUCUGUGGCAGGAUGUUUUUCAGCCAGGCGAUGACACACUUAUUCAGAUUAUCCAUCCACAACCAGUUCAAGCAGGCCUGAGGAUUGAUACACCUCACUUGAUGAUCGAACAAAAGCCUAGUGAGGGACAAGCCGCAGUGGUCCUUUCCACAUUCUUCCAUGAAACUUUGCCCAUCCAGCUCAUGCAAGAAGCAUUCUCGGUCUCAAGAUGGAUUUCUACAUCAGACCUCAUUGACAUCCUGGAGAUCAACCCGCUCUGUGACAUCCAACGGUGCACGGCCCGUCUUGGAGGAGCUCCUUUUGACAAGUACAUCCGGCAUGACAUCCCUUCAGCAGCAAGCAUUGAGAUGCAUGUACAACCCGCACGUUGCCUUGGCGACCCCACGGCUGGCAGUGCGGGUGAUUUGUAUGUCAACAGGCAAACAGCCUUGGUUACCAGUCAUUCCUUGGUACAAACUGGUCGAUGGUUAAGGAGAUCCCGAGCACAGAUCUCACAGUCCAGCUCUUUGCAGACACCUCAGGAUCGUCUAUGUGAUGACUAUCUACAAGUUCCUCAGCGAGUUGCGGCUCACGCAGGGUUCUGGGCCAACGGGGGACCGAGACCGACCCCGAACUGGCCACUACAUUGGGCUACCAUCCAGGAAGUUUGGCAUUACUUCUUUGGCGCCCAAGAUUUGCCUGCAGAUGCCUUCAUUCGAGCGGAAGUCUGGUUUUCUGAUCAUUGCCGGCGGCCUUGGUCUGAUGCAGGUCGCAUUGUCCAACUUGGGGCUGACCUUGGCAGUUGGAUCCCGAGCCUUCAACAAGCAUGGUCAGACUGGUUUCGCGAUGAUCUACCUUUUGACCUGCAAGUCGUCAGACCCAUGCCCAUCAGUGGAAUUGACAUGGUACAGUUCCAUGUCAUUUUGCUUCAGCAACCUGAACCAGACAAGCGCAGUGUGAUCCUGACAGUCAUGGAUUCCUUUGCUGACCCAUGGGAUCCGGCUCAGAUUUGCACGGUCUUACCCACAACGGUCGACCACUGGCAGCUCUUGCGUGAAGCGGUUGUGGAAUUUCAAUGUCCACCCAUUGUUCCCGCAUCGAGAUGCAGAACCCUCUUCGGCAACCUUGACAUAUCGGCGGGCAACUUGUUUCCUGUCCCGGACGGGGCCUGCUUCACCGUCGUCGUUGAGAACCCAGACAUUGAACCACAAUUGCCUUUAGGGCCAGAAUAUAGAGAAGAUGCGGCUGAGGAUCCAGGUCCUGACGGUCUUUCACUACUGCAACAUCGUGCCCAACCCCUUCGACAAGCACUUACCCCGGAGGUAGCUUCCAGGGAUUGGGCAUCAGAUGAAACCUUUGCGGAGAGCCACCAAGUGGAUCAGCCCAGAGUUAUUACUCUUAUUGCGGGCGCUCCUAUUGAUCUUCUACCUGACCAAGUUGAGAUCCCCGCCAACGGUGGUCAACGAGAACUUGAAGUAGAACUCUUGGCAUGGGGUCAUCGGGUCAAGGCCUUUUUCUUUGGUGACCACGAUAAGGCAGUCUGUUUUCCACCUGGAUGGAGCUUCCCAACAGAUGCACAUUACAUGUUCUGCCAUUCAGAUGUCAAGGAUCCCAAUGGUGCCUUCCUUCACUCAUGCAGUUCAGAGCUACAGGAAAUAGACCAACUUCGACUGCUUCACAGCUGUGGUUACCUUCGUGCUGUUGUGCGUUCCUGUGUAGAAGUCUUUCCGCGUUUCUACCAGGUGCGAUUCACUGACCAGCAGGUUGCACCCACUGAGACAACACAGAAGACGAGACCAUGUGCUUCCUGGCCGCCUCCACAACCAUUUUUGACACAGCCAGCACGUCCCUUCCAGCCAGGUACGACCUUCUCUACUGACCAACUCCUUCGUACCAAUGUUUCCCUGGGCGACAUUGAAGAGUUCUUCAGAUCGCACCAGGAUGUCUUGUACACGGACCCGACUGGUUAUGGUUUUCCAGAAGAGGUCCUUCAAGCGAUUUUGGACUGUGAUCAAACUUUGCGUUGGGACGAGCUAGACCGCCUGAUCAUCUAUGCGGACGGCUCAUCAGCGGGCACAGGUCGGCACCUUCCUCCACUUCAGGCUGCAGAAGAAGGACUGGGAGACGCAUGGGCUUAUGUGGUCCUUGGGGAACGCUACUCUCCUCCAGGGCUGACCCUGCUUGGAUGGAAUGCGCAAUUGGUCCAAUAUGAGGCCGAUGGAAAUUUCUAUCUGGGAGCCACCCGCGUAGGGGCGGACAUCGCAGAGAAGGAGGCCAUCAGUUGGGCUGGGCUAUGGAGGCUCACCCAGAACUCCUCGCUCCCUACUACAUUUCGUACUGACUCGAUGACGACAGAGCUUCAAGCCAGUGGACAAAUUGGAAAUCCAACCUGCGCUGAGUCCCACGAGACGGUCCGUGGCAUCUUCCAGGCGUUAGAAUCCCUGCUACCGGGCGAUGCUCUACAGUUCAGCCAUGUACCUGGACAUUGCGGAGAACCUUGGAAUGAGCUCUGUGAUUUCCUGGCCAAGUUGGAGAUUAGCCGCAGUCAAUAUUUUCGCCGUCCCACUUUGACUAUGCGUACAUGGCGACCGGCGCUCCGCUUCUUGUGGAUGGUCUUCAGCAAACAGGAUGGCUUGCCCCAAUUUUGUGGAGAAGGAUUUCAUGUACCUCCUCCAGACUUACCAGAUCAACAGCAACCUUGCUUGACUGCAGUAUCGGACGUCUCCACUUUGGACAUCCAAUAUCAUCUGAGUAUCUGUACUGCCAAUGUGAACUCACUGAGUACUGGACCAGAUGGCCACAGAGGCAAAUUAGAUUAUUUGAGAACUCAAUUUGUCCAACUUGGCCUCAAUGUUAUUGGAAUCCAAGAAGCCAGAACACCUGUGUCACAUACCUUUGUCGACAAGGUCAUCAGGCUCACGUCGGGCAGCCAGGGCAAGCAUCUGGGGGUAGAGUUAUGGAUCAACACCUCACAACCUUAUGGAUGGUGCGACAAUGAGGCUCUGUAUUUUCAGCGCGAGCAUUUUCAGGUAGUACACAAGGACCCAAGAGCUCUCUUGGUUCAUGCAGUUUGCCCCUAUUUGGAUGCAUGGUUUUUGGUUGGACAUGCCCCUCACAGCGGCAUUGAAGAAGAGGCACGUCUAUCCUGGUGGGCUCAUUUCAUUGCGCUGGGAGAGAGAAAAACAUCUGGGGCUCAUCUCUUUGUUAUGGUAGAUGCGAACGCGGCUCCUGGAGGAGAAGAUGGAAAGGCAGUUCUCAGAUCUGACCUGCCCACUAGCCUGAACACUCCACUGUGGAGAGAGUUCCUUCAAACAUGUCAUCUUGGCCUACCUUGCACAGGUGCAGCUCAUGAAGGAGACAUCAUGACCUGGAUCUCGCCGGAUGGGUCCUCACAUCAUUGCUUGGACUAUGUCGCGAUUGACCUUGCACUCAUGGCCUCAUGCACAUUUUCCAGUGUCGUUGAAGAGCUCGACUUGGGCCAUGCUCAAUGGGACCAUACCGCCACCGCGGUACAGUUGAACUGGAAAGGCACUCAUUCACGACAGGAGAAGAGAAGGGAGCGCAAGCCCGCUUUCGACCCCCGGCAAAUCGACACGGACAAGAUCGAGGAGAUUCUCAAAGACUAUCAAGUCCCAUCAUGGACUACUGACAUUGAAACACAUGUCGAAGGCUUCAAUGCGCAUGUUUUACAAGGGCUACAUCAAUCUUGUUCACGUGGAUCUGACCAACCCAAGAAGCCCUUCUUUGAUACACAGUUGUGGGAUCUUCGGAAGUCCAAACUUCGUCGGAGGAAGCAACUGAAGGACAUUGAGCGGAGGCUCAGAGAUGAAGCCAAGGUUGUCCUCUUUCAGCAGUGGAAACAGUCCAGCAAAGGGAGCGUUGAUCCUCUCCUCUCAACUACAUUCUUUGAGUACAACACCAGCCUCAUCUGCCACAAAUUCCGCGUCUGGGGAGCCCUACGUGUCGAGACCCGUCAACUGCGUUUGAGGCUUCGUUCGGCCAAGCAGAGGCACAUCCAGGAGUGCUUUGAGAACAUGGACGCUGGUGCUUCAGCAUCCACCAUCCUGCAUAAACUGCGGCCGAUCACGGGCCCAUCGAACCUCAAGAAGCUGAAGAAGGCUGCUUUACCAUACCUACAGAAAGAGGAUGGAACCCACUGCCUUGAUCCCCAUGACGCUAGGGAGGAAUGGAUCAAUUUCUUCCAGCAGAUGGAGGGCGGAGUACGACUCUCCAAAGAAGAGCAGCAUGAUCAAUGGGUUCAAUCGCUCGCAGCCUUCCGUAGCCAGCGACUUCAAGUUCAUGUUACUGAACUCCCAACGCUUCUGGAGCUGGAGCGAGCUUUUCGCAGAGUCCAACCCAACAAGGCUGUGGGCCCGGAUGGAAUACACCCAGCAGUUUGCCACAGUGCACCUUGCAGGAUGGCUCGGAAGUGCUUUGCACAACUCAUGAAGUUUUACCUUCAUGGGCAAGAGGCCCUGAUCCACAACGGCGGCUGCCUUCACCCCAUCUGGAAAGGGAAAGGCCCUAUGGACGUUUGCAGUUCAUUUCGCAGCAUCCUUGUAUCCAGUCACGUGGGUAAAUGCCUACAUCGGGCGAUCCGCCAGACACAAUGCACUUUCUUCGAAAGAUACCUACAAGCCGAACAGCUGGGAGGGCGGCGUCAUGUGCCUGUGACCCUAGGGGUCCACGCCGUUCGAGCCUAUCUUCGACAACACGCUGCUCGUGGACAUUGUGUGGGCCUGGUGUUCCUCGACCUCACAGAAGCAUUCUAUCAAGUCCUUCGCCCACUGGCUAUCGGCGGCCCGGUAGAAGACAACACCAUCCUGCAAAUGGCUCAUCGUCUGGGGCUUCCAGAUGACAUCAUGCACGACCUUUGGCAACAUCUGGCAGACCCACAUGCCACGGAGCUCGCCAGAUUGCCUCCUCAAGCUCAACAUGCACUACGAGCGCUACAUAGUGAAACACAUUUUCAUCUACGUGGACAGGAGGACGUUUGCAAGACCAAGGUCGGUUCCAGACCGGGCGACUGCUUUGCGGAUGUAGUGUUCUCCUAUCUUUGGGCCAGGCUCUUGCAUGGCUUACAAGCUCGACUACAUGCCGUUGGAGUGGACAACCAGAUACCGUAUCAGGAGACUUUCGAACCCUUCGAGGUCUCUGAGGCCGACCAGACGGCGGAUUUCAUUGGGCCCACGUGGAUGGAUGACCUUUGCCUUUGUGUCUCUGCGGAGGAUGCUCUUUCUCUCGAGCGCAAAGUAUGUCUCAGUACAUCUUUGCUUCUUGCCUCAUGCAGACAGUUCGCAAUGACGCCAAAUCUCAAGGCUGGCAAGACAGAAAUCCUUCUGUCUUUGCGCGGACGGCACUCCCACAAGGUCAAGAAGCAGUACUUUGGGCCGAAUGCCUCGAGACGCAUGGGCAUCCUGGACGAGGACACCACUCACCAUGUACAAGUUGUUAGCAGCUAUCAGCAUUUGGGAGGUUUGGUGCACCACAAGCAAGACAACGUGGCAGAGAUCAGGAAAAGGAUUGCGAUUGCUCACACCACUUUUUCACAACACAGAAGAACCUUGCUGCAAAACCCAUGCCUCAGUCUACACCGAAGAAUUGAACUGUUUCGUAGCUUAGUUCUCAGUCGGUUGCUCUACGGUGCAGAGUCAUGGACGAUAUCCACCAAGCAAUUCAAGCACUACUUGCACUCAGCCAUCAUCCGGUUGUAUCGACGCCUGCUGCCAGCCUCGCGUGAUCAACAUGUGACAGAUGACGAGGUACUAUGCAGCACCGGCUUGCCUUCACCAAGCGAGCUUUUCCGGGCCUGCCGACUUCGAUAUUUGUGCACGCUUUUUGCCUGCCAUGACGUGAUACCCUGGGGCCUCCUGAAUGCAGACACAGCCUGGCUGGAGCUCAUGAGAGAUGACCUCACCUGGAUGUGGCGCCAACUUCGUGGAGCUUCCUCGCUUUUGGAUCCCGUUGACCACUUCGAGUCCUGGAGAUAUUUGCUCCGCUACCAUCGACCAUUUUGGAAACGCUUGGUUAGAAGGGCAUGUGAACACGCCAGUCUCCAGCGGUCCAACCAUCACAUGGUCAUGGCGGCGCACCACCGCAUCCUUGAGCAACUGAUCGAGUCUGGCCAUCUCUCGCCAGAGGUUCUUCGACCAACUCCUGCUGCGUUGCCUGUGGGGCACCUGUAUGGCUGCAUGGCUUGCCAGAAGUCCUUCACCAGCAGAGGAGGUGAAGGUGCUCACAUGUUCAAGGUGCACGGCAUCCGCAACAAGGUGAGGCAGUUUUUCAACACCACCACCUGUCCAGCAUGUUUGAGAGAAUACUUCACGCACGGCAAGGUCAAGAAUCACCUUCUCCACUCCGAGCGUUGCCGUAGGAUCCUCAUUGGCCGUGGCCAUCGAGUUGAACCAGUAGGAGGAUGGGGGUCAAGACAAGAUCGAGAGCUAGCAGCCGCCCACGACUCGCUGCUGCCUCCCAUGCAGAGUGAAGGUCCCAUGCUUCCCACUGUCCUUGGAGAGGAAAUCCUGCAUGACCUCAUUUUGGGGGAAGAUAUCUACCAAGCUUUGGCAGAGCGUGGGGAUUUGCCUGAGCAGAUGACCAUUGAACAGAUUAUCCGUAAGGUGAUCCAGGACCGCAGUGUCUCAUGGUCUACAUGCUCAGCCACUCUAUCUUACCUCCUCGAGCACAUCACCCAUGAGGAUGCGGAGACCAUCGGGCUCGCAUACCAGGACGUCGUGGCGACCCUGCAGUACCUCAACACAGGCGAUGCGUGGUGCUUUUUGGGUGCAGUUCACGGGCGUGAGACUGCGUAUGACGCUAUCGAUCAGCUUCACAGCAUUCUGGCUCAGGAGAGUGAGGUCCAGCGACAGGCACCGCUCUACUCUGGACCCCCUAAGGCUUUUGGGCGACAUCGUUAUGUGCUUCAUGCCUUUUCAGGUCGGCGGCGAGUAGGGGACCUGCAGUACUUCCUGGACCGUGCGAGUGCCACUGAGGAGAACUUUGUCAUCCAUACCAUCUCCUUAGAUUUGGUCGUGGACGCUUGCUGGGGAGAUGUGAGCAGGAUUGAGACGAGACGCUUCUGGCUCCAGGGCAUCCGGGAGGGAUACGUCACUUCCCUCCUUGCUGGGCCGCCCUGUGAGACUUGGUCUAAGGCCCGUGGGGUCACCAUUCCGGGCCGCCGUUGCCCACGGGUGCUCCGACUCCUCGAAGCGCUUUGGGGCAUGGACUCCCUCAGUCUUAGAGAACUCCGACAACUUGGAGUUGGCAACCUCCUGCUGCUCUUCACGGUCGAGGCGCUAGUUCACCUAGCACUAGCUGGAGGCCACGGCAUUUUGGAACACCCGGCCAUGCCAGACGAGGAAGAGAAAGCAUCCAUCUGGCGUUUGCCUUUGAUCUCCACGUUGCUCACAUGGCCUGACUUUCGCAUUGUCCGUUUGGCCCAGGGUCUGUGGGGUGCGGCAUCGCCUAAGCCCACGAUGUUGCUUGCACUCAACAUGCCAGAGCUCGAGCACCACCUACGUGCGUGGCAGACCGCUCGGGAUCUUCCUCGUGGUGCUUCGAUUGGUGUGGACGCGUCGGGCCACUGGGCGACUACGAAAUUGAAAGAGUACCCGCCAGCCUUAUGCAGCGGACUCUGUUCAGCGUUUUUGGGGGUGCAGCGUACACAUGAUACGGAUCCCACCCUUGUGAUUGGCCAAGAGUUUAUCUCCCGUAGUCUGGCUCUUGAGAUUUCAGACUACGGUGACGUGAUUGGUAAGGAUUACGCUGGCUAA